GUGACAGAAAAAACAGACGGAGUCGCAGCAGGAGCAAAGAGCGUGCUAAUGCACGAAGAGACUGAACAGAAGACCCUGCUGACAUAGCAAAAUAAUAUGUCUACUACUGGGACAGGUAACUAUCUGCCAUUCAAACUCCUAUUUGUGUCUCACUAUUUGGAAUUAACUCUUGAAUCUAGGGAUGGGCAUAGCUGAUCAAAUUAAUCUUUUAAUGAAUCCAGAUGGUAUCUUUUUUUAACCUUAGCCAAUAUAAAAAAUUCAGUCUUGUAAAAACUAAUUAGAAUUCUAAAGAGAACAGUAACCGAUAUUUAUCUCAUGGGAACAUGGUCUAAAUUAUGUUCACGUGAGAUCAACAGUGAGGCUGCCUUUGAGUUAAGUAGAAUAAACCUGGAAACAAAAUAUAUAUAUUUUUUAAAUGCAUAUUUUUAUUUGAGGAAGUUUACCAAUAUGUUUCAUUUUAAUUUAUUAUUGUGUGAUUUGGAUGACGUUAAGUAGAGAAGCUGUAAAAAGUAAGUUGGAUGCCCAUCCCUAAUCCCACUUUACAGUAGGUUCAAGUUCAAAGUAUUUAGGCCAUAUUGAAUUGUUUAUCUGGUUCAACUGACAAACUACCAUGAAGUCUUCCCUCAGAAUCAGAUCAUAAGGUUUGCAUGCUCACUAUUGUAACAAGCGAAGUUCCAAACAUGCUGGUUAGAUUAAUUCUCUUUAAUCAUGUUAAAGUCAAAUUUGUCUGUAUCACAGAAAUGUCCACAGUAGUAAUCGUGUUCCGAGAAAGACUUUAUUUUUGACUUUUAUAUGUUAAGAAAAUGGAUUUGAAUUUUUAAGUUUUUUUUUCCAGCACUUCAACAUUUUUACCUUCUGCUGUAGCCAUGGUACUAACUCUUUUUGUUGCAUUUUCUGAAAGAGACAACUUCUUCUUAAAACAGGCACGAAAGAGAGACUCCGAGAAGCCUUCAAAAUCACAACGAAAAACAGAUGAGCAGCAAGAACAGGAGAGACUGUCUUCAGACAAUGGAGAGGAGCGAUCCCGACGCAAAGACAGGAAGCCCUCCAAAGGCCGGAGCUUGUCCAGGUCACACUCACGAGAGAGGCGGCAUCACAGUAAAAGUAAGGACAAACGGCGUUCGCGGUCACGCAGCCGGGACAGGAAGAAGAAGGCCCUCUCUCGCUCAGGUUCAAGGACCAAACACCGUCAUCACAGUAGAAGUCGCAGUAAGAGCAGGGAGCGGAAGAAAAGGACUGAAAAAGUGCGCAGAAAGAGCAGAAGCAGGUCUGUUAACCCACCUGUCUUGCGGGGCAGAGACACAGCUAUGGAUGCACAAGAGGCCCUGUCCAGAAGGCUGGAGCGAGCCAAGAAACUAAUGGAGCAAAAGGAGAAGGAAAUAUCUGAGAAGCAGCAGCAGGAACCACAGGACAUCACUGCAGUGGCUGCCCCUAUCGCAGCAGCUGCUGUUGCUGCUUCACACCCUGCCAUCAAUGUGGCGGCUCUCCUGGCCUCUGGGACGCAGGUCACACCUCAGAUUGCCAUGGCGGCACAGAUGGCAAUCCUACAAGCAAGAACUCUGGCAGAGACCGGUAUCGCUGUGCCGAGCUACUACAACCCAUCUGCUGUAAAUCCUAUGAAGUUUGCAGAGCAGGAGAAAAAGAGAAAGAAGCUAUGGCAGGGAAAGAAGGAGGGGGACAAGUCCCAGACGACUGAGCUGUGGGAGAAGCUAAACUUUGGAAACAAGGACCAAAACGUAAAGUUUCGCAAACUAAUGGGUAUUAAAGAUGAGGACGAGGCUGAAGUUGCCAAACCACUCAACGAGGAGGGCUUGAAGACUCUCCAAAAACAGGAGGAGAUGUUCCGGAACCUAGACGUUCAAUAUGAGAUGGCCCGGUCUCAGACACACACCUCGAGGGGAAUGGGCCUCGGCUUCACGUCCUCCUUCUCACGUGGAAUGGAUUCCAUCUAGUGCCAAACCUAUCCUGUCAGCAUCGCUCAUCUGGUCAUGUAGGACUACCAAUUCAUCGCUAGCUUUAAAGCUUGCAUGGAUGUUGCUCUGAAUCUGUAAUUUAUUUAUGGACAAACAUCUCCUGUAUCGGAACCUUAUUAGUAUGUAAAUAGCCAGACACUGAGUUUGUCUCAGUGAUUAUUCAUCUGUACAUCUUCUGUAAAGGAAGCAUCAGUCUGACUCGCUGAUGCUAGUUAGAAUUAGAUUUUUGUUUUGAAUGAUGUGUUAGAUUUUUUUUGUUUUAACUGAAAUAUAUUGAUAUGUGAUUGUUUGAACAAAAACUGAUUAUAAUGUGGUUCAAGUGAAAACUAUUUCCAUCCAUUUAGAUAAAUGCUUCUGAGGCAAGUGUCGUUAACAGAAUGGUUUUAUUUCUACUGACUGGGAAAAAACAAGCUGUGGGCUGUGGUAUGCAUUUGUCUCAAGACAGCUGAUGGAGGAAGGUCCGAGAAGAGUAAUCACAUUUCAGAUAUUCUUGAAAUAAAUUAGUUUUGUGUUGA